AUGGCUAAAGUAUACUUUGUCCUUGCUCUGAUUGUUCAGGGCUCACUCAUCUACGCAGACACUGAUGAGAACAUGAUUCAUGAAAAUGAAGAAGAAAUCACCAGUAGAGAAGUCCUUAUACAACCCGAAAUCGAUGAUGAGGUUAUAAAAGAUUUCCAUGAAGGCAAGAAAGAUUGGAUGGACAUGUUCAUGGCAACGAACAAAGAGUUCUGUCCGUCCCCAUCUGCAGCCCUUAUGGCAUCCAUCACCAAUAGUAACAAAUCAGCAGAAGAACAACUAGAAGAUAUCAAAGAAAUGGCUACGAAAAUAACUCUAGCUAUCCAGUGUGAAAUGGCUAACCUCUUGUCUUACGCUCUAAACAAUUGCGACAAAUAUGAGAAACAUAACGAUGAAAACACCUUAAGGAAGAAGAGAGAAACUCCAAUGGACAGCUCCCAACUUGUAAUGAGACUACUGAAACACAUCAAGGCUAAUAACGAAUACCAAAAUAUUGCCAUCGAGAAGAUGAUGACAGCGCAAGAAAUAGCUGAUAAAUUCGGCAUUGAGUUUAACCCAGAUACGGAAAUACUGUCCGAUUUAGCGUUUGCAGCUAAUGAACAAGCUAAAGAAAUGAGUUCGAUUCUGCAAGACGCUUGUGAUUCUAAGAAUGCGACUAAACAUGUGCAAUCACAGGAGUGCAUUGAAUUUGUUCCGUUAGAAUGGGAGCAGAGCCCGAUUGAGAAUGACACUUACUAUGUGUAUUCUGUGCAGCCUGAGGAAUUUGUGCAAUCAUUCCCCCCUCACGAGUACAUGCCCGAGCCCAUCUACAGACCACCAGUGAACUGUCACCAUGACCAUCACUAUAACCCCAACCACUAUGAAACCCAAAUGCCUCCUCCCCCGCACCACUUUGCCCCAGUCUCGCCUAAACCUAACUUCUACGAUUCAGUAAUGCCCUACCCUGUUGAUCAUUAUCCUUACUGCCCAGUAGAACCAAUGACCACAACUACAACUAUAGUUCUACCAAUUGAAGAAGUGGUUGAGCCUGAACCGCAACUCGUGGGUGAAGAAUAUGAAGAGACGGUUUCUUCAAAAAUGAUCGUGAGUCGAGAUGAGGAACCCGGUAUGGCGACUGUCAACCAUGUAAUGACUUACACCCUGAGUGAAAAGGCUCACUUCAAAAAACCUGAAAUUGAAAAUUUGCCUCAACAAAUGCAGUACACGUUCUUUCUGAUGUAA